GAUCUUAAUGUCAGUGCGCUGUGCUGAGCGGGCGCGACGUGGAGCAGCAUCGGGACUUUGGUUUCUACAGCGCGGAUGCUGAAGCUCUGGAGAUGUCUUUUGUCCUUGCAGAUCUUUUAACAAACUCCUAGAGGAUCCGCGUUUUAGGCUGACAGCGGCUUCAUAAAAUCUGUGGAAUUAAUACGACGCGAGAGGGAAAGGCAGCGCGCGUCAGUCAGGAUGCUCCGGUUCAGCCCGCGUCUCACGUUGACAGCAGUCAUACAUUUGGUGCUUCUGGCAUGCGUGUCGUCCUUCAACGUGGACCAGAAGAACGGUUUGUCCUUCAGCGGCCCUUUGGAAGACUUGUUUGGCUACACUGUCCAGCAGUUUGAGAACAGCGAAGGAAAGUGGGUUCUGAUUGGAUCGCCACUGUCAGGCCAACCUGCAACACGAACCGGGGAUGUAUACAAAUGUCCUGUGGGCAGGGAAGGGAACAAGUGUGUAAAACUGGACCUGCCAAAAAACACAACGAUUCCCAAGUUACGUGAGGUCAAAGAGAACAUGACCAUGGGAACCACAUUGGUGACCAAUCCCAGAGGAGGAUUUCUGGCAUGCGGUCCUCAGUACGGCUACAUGUGCGGCCAGCAGCAGUACAUCUCAGGGGUCUGUGCCAACGUCAGCUCCUCCUUCCAGAUCCUCAACUCCGUGGCUCCAGCAGUGCAAGAGUGUGCCAGGAAUCUGGACAUCGUCAUCGUCCUAGAUGGAUCCAACAGCAUCUACCCGUGGACCAGCAUCGUUGAUUUUUUGGUCAGCUUUAUUCAGAACACCACCAUCGGGCCACACUUCUCACAAGUGGGCAUAGUGUCUUAUGGAGAAAAUGUGAGUCACCUCGUCAACCUGAGCCAGUUUGACAACACUGGAAAGAUGGUGGAAUUUGUCUCGCAUCUUCCUCAGCACACUGGCACAAAGACCAACACUUUCCUGGCCAUUGAAACUGCCAGGAAGGAAGCCUUCCUUCCAGAGCGGGGUGCUCGGCCCGAGGCUAAGAAGGUUAUGGUGAUUGUGACUGAUGGGGAGUCACAUGACUUCCAUAAGCUUGAAAGUGUCAUCGCCAAAUGUGAAAAAGAUGGUAUCGAAAGGUUUGGCAUUGCUGUUUUAGGAGACUACAACCGUCAGAACAAAAGUCCAGAAGAAGUAAAAAAGUUUAUCAAAGAGAUUGAGGGGAUUUCCAGCAAGCCCCUGAAAGAUCACUUCUUCAACGUUUCUGAUGAGGUUGCCUUGCUGAGCAUAGUGGACACUCUGGGAAGCAAGAUUUUUGCCUUGGAAGCUACAACUGGUAACUUCACCUCUUCCUUUGAAAUGGAGAUGUCCCAAACUGGCUUCAGCGUACAUCCUAUUAAGGACGGCAUGUUAAUGGGAGCAGUGGGAGCGUAUGACUGGAAUGGAACAGUGGUGAUGCAAACUGCCAAAGAAUCUCUCAUUCCAGGGAAAACUCAGUUUUACGACCCAAAAUCUGAGGCUGGAUAUGAAGGCUUGGCUGGAUACCUGGGAUAUGAUGUCAAGUCAGCGACCACCCGUGAUGGGGAGCUGUACAUCACAGGGGCUCCACGAUUCAACCACACGGGGCGAGUGGUCAUCUACAGUCUAAAUGGGUCAGACCUGGUCAUUUCACAGACUCUGAAGGGAGAACAGAUUGGUUCAUACUUUGGUAGCGUCUUGCAGACCAUCGACAUUGACAAGGAUGGCUACACUGACCUCCUUUUGGUUGGAGCCCCAAUGUUUAUGGGCCCAGAAAGAGACGAACAGGGACAAGUCUACGUCUAUAAACUAAACCAGAACGGUCUGUUUGAGCACGAGUUCACUUUGAAGCCCAAAAACCAGUCGUGCUGCCCCGAGGGCUCGAGCGAUUGCAACGAGCCGUGCGGGGCUCGCUUUGGUACUGCCAUCGCAGCAGUGUUGGACCUCAACCUCGAUGGGUUCAACGAUGUGGCCAUCGGGGCUCCUCUGGAGAACAACCACAUGGGAGCCGCCUACAUCUAUCAUGGAGAUAAGACAUCAUUGAAAGAGAAGUUUGUGCAGCACAUCCCUGCAGGCGGCAGCGGGACAAAAUUCUUCGGCCAGUCCAUACAUGGAGUCAUGGACCUAAACGGAGACGGGAUCACAGAUGUUACCAUAGGAGGUCUCGGAGGAGCUUCACUGUUCUGGUCCAGAGAUGUUGCAGAGCUUCAUGCAAACAUGUCUUUCAACCCUGGUAAAAUCAACCUGCAGCAGCCUCAGAACAAGUGCGAACACAGGGGCCGGGAGUCUGUGUGUGUGGUGACCACAGUCUGCUUUUACUACAGGGUCAAAUCUGAUAACCAGAACUUAGAGUCUAAUGCAAAUAUCAUUUAUACCUUAAUUCUGGAUGCCCCACGGGCAAUAGCCAGGGCUUCGUUCCUCAAUGACAGCGAAAAAAGUAACCGCACGAUCACCGAGACCUUCCUCAUCAAAGACAGAGAAGCAAAAUGCAUGACCAAGACCUUCAUCAUGUCGUCCCGGUUGGACUUCCGGGAUCCUCUAUUUGUGUCUUUGGAGUUUAAACUGAAAGAGGAAGACCAAGGUCCUGUUCUGGAUGAAAAUCUUCCCAGAUUCAUCAACAAAACAAUUCCACUGAUGGAGUGUGGAAAUGAGGCUGAAAGGUGCAUCACUGACCUUGUCCUCAAAGCUAAAGCCAGUGUGAAAAGCAUGGUGGUCAAAGGCCGUGCCAAGAUGGAUGUCCAGGUCACCGUCAAGAACAAAGGAGACAACGCGUACAACACCAAAGUCCUGGUCACUUUUACCCCGAACAUCAACUACGUCAAAGUUGAGCCGGAGAUGACAUGCAACCCAAACAGAAGUAGUUUGGAGUGUGCUGUUGGAUACCCCUUCCUGGGCAGCAGAGUAGAGGAAACGUUUAAACUGAUCUUUGAGACAAAUCCUGAACAUAUUGCGAAGAAUAUUCAGAUCAAUGUGACAGUCACAAGUGACAGUGAGGAGCGACCUGAAACCCUGAUUGACAACAGCGUACACAUCUCCAUUCCUGUGAGAUAUGAAGCAGGAAUCACAUUUGAAGCGAUUCCUUUGUAUGAACACAUAAUAGUGAAAUAUGGUGAAGAUUAUCCUCCAAAAAUCAACGACACCAAGAUGCUAGGCGAGGAAAUCAGCAUCAGCUACACGGUGGAGAAAACAGAUGGUACCAUAAAUCUGCCACUUGAGCUUUAUGUGAAAUAUCCACAGAAGUCUCCUCUGAGCAACAAUUUGUUGUAUCUGACACACGUCAAGCCCAGUUCGAAGGUAAAAUGUAAGGUAGGAGAUCUAAUCAACCCGCAAGAAAUCAAUCCAAAGCAAAUCAAGCCAAACCCCAAAGAGGAAACCCUCAGCAACUUCCUCUUGCAAUGUGAACAAUCCAGCUGUGCAUCAUUCAGCUGCUCCAUUGGUGACGUCAAGAGGAGCCAAGUCAACGUUACCUUCAGGGUGUGGAAACCUACGUUCAUAAAGAGUGAGUUCUCCAGUCUCUACAUGAAAGUAAAUGCUACUCUAGAAGUGGAGUCCCAGCUGUUUGAACUGGGCAGAAACAGGGGUCCCAGAGAGGUGACAAUCCAGGUUUCUAAAGAGACGGUGGGAGGAAUUCCUAUUUGGAUUAUAAUCGUCAGCAUUCUGAUAGGACUCUUGAUUUUAGCGCUUGUCAUCUUCAUUCUCUGGAAGUUUGGCUUUUUCAAAAGAAAAACCCAGGAUAUGUCGGAGAAAGAGAAGGAUGGAGGCAAGGACACAUCCACCAUUUAGGUUACAAGGGGAAGCGGCCCCAGCCAGCCAAAAAGAUGUGGGAGAUGCGAUCCGACCCACAGACACCUCAGUGCUUUUACACAUCAACUACCUGGAAAAUGCGUUUGUACUAUCACCACUUGUCUGGUUUGGUAUGUUAGAUAGCUUUUGCAAAUACUUCAAUUUUUUCCUUUAUUUUGCCAUUUUUAACAAAAGAUUUAAAGUCUUUAGGGGGAAAGUAUGCUUCACUUUUACUCCACAAGAGGGGUGGUCUAAACUCACUGCAGCUUCAUCACCAAAUAAGAGCAGUCUGUCUCAUUCUUUUGGCUUUUAUAUUGAAACCAAGUUGUUUGAAACACUGUAUGUUUAAGUAUUUCAUAACCUUUUUAUUGUUGCUACUAGAUGAACAUUUUAACAUGGCACAUCUUUUGUUUGUUUUUUCAUCGAAGAAACUAAAUGCAAUAUUUCACAUAUUAACAAAGCUGCAGCAUUGAGAGCAGCACCUUCACAAUCCAAAGCCGUGGUUGUAUUGUACAUAGACGUGCUUGCAGAUGUAAAGCUUCAAACUGUACAGAAUUAUGUUUGCAAUUUAUUUAAGUUCUUGUUUUUUAUGGUCAUGUAUGAAUUUGCUCAGGUGCAACAACUAUAAGAAAUGAUAUACAUUUCGUUUGACACAAAAUAGUUUUGGUUCUCGCCACAAGCAGAUAUGUAAAUAGUGUUAUAUUUUGAAUAAAAAAAUAAGAGGAAAGUUUAAUGAUUCUAUACAGAAAUAUAAGCAGAGAUGAUUGUAGCCACUAUUUUGGUUUUGCUCCAUUCAAAAAAAAUUUCCUUGAAUUGCUUUGAACAAUGAGCUUUCGAUUUGAAAUUGAGGUGUCUGUUUUUCUGAUUUCUCAGCAGGAAGAAUAAAUGUUUUCUAUAUUUUGAAUCUCUUGGCUGUCACCAUCCACUGUUACUAUAAAGCACAUGUUAUAAAUUGUAUAUACAGGUUUUUUUUAGCAUUGUGUGGCCACACUGCAUUCAUGCACGAUAGAUAGGAAGUGAAAGGGCAGGAAGUGAGCUGUGUGCCUUUGACACUGCUGUGAAGCCUUCGUUAAAAUGCACUGGUUUGUCAAUUUGUACGUGUCCUUGUCAGCACAGAAAUGAACAGAAAACCUAAGAAAUAAAGACAAUUUGCAGAAAA